CACUAGCAUUCCAUGUAACAUUGAAUAAAUACAUUAGAUUAGUUACUUUGGUUUAAUUGGCCAGUUUCCCAGACACAGAUUAAGUCUAAUCCUGGACCUUAAAGAACUUUCUAUUGAAACUUCCAUUGAGCAUGCUUUUUAGUUCAGCACUAGACUCAAUCUGUGUCCAGGAAACAGGCCCCAUGUGUAUUACUGACAUGCUUGUCCUUGUUCAGGACUCCACACACUGGCUUCAGAUUGAACCCUUGACUUCCACUGUCCAGGGAGUGACAAUGUUCAGGCACAGGACACCCAGAGGGAGUUAUGAGUGUACAGUGUCUGGGCUCCGCUGGCUGUGUGAGAGAGAUGUCAUUCUGAAGUAUCACUUCAGGAACUGGGAACCCUACAGUCAACUUCUGAAAGACAUGCAGUACACACAAGGUGGUCCAUUGCUGGACAUCACUAUGGAGUUAGGUGAACUGGAGGAAGUUCAUCUGCCACACUUUGUCUGUUUAGGGACCAACCCUUCCCUGAGGAAUGAGAUGAAGAUUCUUCAUGUAGAGGAACAUGGAGUGUCUUUAGAGGAAGUGCAUGAGGUCACCAGAUUCCAUGUUAAGAUUCUCCAUCCCAAGUUCUCACCUAUCGCUCUGAUACUGAGAUUACUGUCUUGGAACGUAGAUGUCCACUGUGAGCUGAUGCUCUAUCUGACAGUGAAAAGGGAAACAUUAAUUUCUCGCCUGUACCUGUUCCCCUGGAACCCCGGCCAAAUACAGGCUGUGGAACAACAGGAAAAGACCUACGGGUCUUCAAGGUCUCUCAUCUCCAGACCAGAGCAGUCCUUCAAACUAUAUAGUUUCUUCAGACUGAACAUUCCCUGUUCUACCUCCAUCAAUCCACAGAAGAUUCAUCUCAUACAAAGAGACACCACACCAAGCUUUUUCAAGGCGAUUGUGAAAAUAACAGGGCAUGAUAUUGAGAUGGAGUUAUUCGGUGAUGAUGAGAGGACAGCGUGGAAAGAGAAAGUAUCACGAGAUGAAUACAUCUCCGACACCCGUUCAACAAGUGCUGUGUUGGGGGCAGGAGGUUCGGCUGAGAACAGUCUGACUGGUUCUGCAGAGCACCAGCUGCGUUCUGUACGGACAGAGUUUGUGAAACGAGUAUCAGGACCUGUCCUGAAUGAACUGCUGGACAGACUCCUGCAACACACAGUCAUCAACCAGGAGGACAUGGAGUCAGUGGAGGUGAUCGCUGAGAGGGCAGAGAAGGCACGUGACGUCAUCGACGUGGUGUUGAGAAAAGGAACUGAGUCGUGUUCCAGGAUGAUCAACCUUCUUGGGGAGAUGGACCCCAAUCUUUGGUCACAGCUUCAGAUCAGUGUUGGGGUACCAACCUAAUGGUAGAAUGGACAGUAACAGUGUUGGGGUACCAACCUAAUGGUAGAAUGGAUAGUAACAGUGUUGGGGUACCAACCUAAUGGUAGAAUGGAUAGUAACAGUGUUGGGGUACCAACCUAAUGGUAGAAUGGAUAGUAACAGUGUUGGGGUACCAACCUAAUGGUAGAAUGGAUAGUAACAGUGUUGGGGUACCAACCUAAUGGUAGAAUGGAUAGUAACAGUGUUGGGGUACCAACCUAAUGGUAGAAUGGAUAGUAACAGUGUUGGGGUACCAACCUAAUGGUAGAAUGGAUAGUAACAGUGUUGGGGUACCAACCUAAUGGUAGAAUGGAUAGUAACAGUGUUGGGGUACCAACCUAAUGGUAGAAU